CAGACCACAGGUUCUAGAAGAUAGAAACCAUGUCGGGUUUUUUACUAACGUAUUUCAGAAUCUGUACAUAGAUAUCAAUAAUACAUCUUUGAUAAAGGAAUAAGAAAUUUUAGUCACGUGGUUUUCUGAUUACAUUAUAUCCCCAGGACAUUUCCAAACUCCCAAUAUAUUAUUGGUAUUACUGGAUAGGUAGAUUAUUGGGAUUACUAGAGAAUACAAUUGCAGGGAUUCUUUUAGAAAACAACGCAUGGUGGCGCUGCAGGCUAAGGCGUGGGAGAAAAAGAAGAAAAAAAAAACCCAGGAAAUUCAACUAUCUCAGAUCUCUAGCGGAGGAGAGAAGCGAGUAAGCAGAGCUGAGGACCUGAAGUCUCCAGAUAAUGCUACUCACCGACAUUUCUGGACAGAUUACCAACUGGGAGACUCAUCACUGUCUCAGUGCCAUUGCUCCCUAACGUAGAGCUGGGCCCAGUUCCUGGAAAGGUGUUUGUGGAAGGAAGAUGGAGGCCGGAGGGGAGCGCUUUCCUAAACAAAGGCAAGUCCUGAUUCUCUUUCUUUUGGUGGAAGUGGCUCUGGCCGGCUGGGAAUCCCGUCGCUAUUCAGUGUUGGAGGAAACCGAGAGCGGCACCUUUGUGACCAAUCUGGCGGAGGACCUGGGGCUGGGUGCGGGAGAGCUGGCUGCGCGGGGAGCCCGGGUGGUCACUAAGGAUAACGAACCCCGAUUGCAGCUUGAUCUGCAGACCGGGGACUUGAUAUUAAAUGAAAAACUGGACCGGGAGGAGAUGUGUGGCCCUACUGAUCCAUGUGUAAUGCAUUUCCAAGUGUUACUGGAAAAACCUUUGGGAGUAUUUCGAGCUGAGCUACUGGUGAGGGACAUAAAUGAUCAUUCUCCUGAGUUUCCUGAAAGAGAAAUGACGCUGAAAAUCCCAGAGGCUAGCCCUCCUGGGACCGUGUUUCCUCUGAAAAAAGCCCAGGACUUGGACGUGGACAAGAACAACAUCCAAAACUACAGCAUCAGCCCCAACUCUCAUUUUCAUGUUUCCAUCCGCAACCGGGGAGAUGGCAGGAAAUACCCAGAGCUGGUGCUGGACAAGGAGCUGGAUCGGGAGGAGCAGGCUGAGCUCAGAUUAGCCCUCACAGCACUGGAUGGCGGUUCUCCACCCCGAUCUGGCACCGCCCAGGUCCACAUCUUGGUCUUGGACGUCAAUGACAAUGCCCCCGAGUUUGCUCAGAUGCACUACCAAGUGCAAGUUCCAGAGAACAGCCCUGUAGGGUCCCUAGUUGUCAAGGUUUCUGCUAGAGAUUUAGACACUGGGACAAAUGGGGAGAUAUCGUACUCCCUUUCAUAUAGUUCUCAGGAGAUAAGCAAAACUUUUCAAGUAAACAGCCUUUCCGGAGAAGUCCGACUAAUCAAAACACUAGAUUUUGAGACGAUAUCCUCAUAUGAACUGGAUAUAGAUGCCACGGACGGCGGGGGACUUUCUGGAAAAUGUUCAGUCUCCAUUGAGGUGGUGGAUGUUAACGAUAACUACCCAGAACUAACUAUUUCAUCACUUACCAGCCCCAUUCCUGAAAAUUCCCCAGAGACAGAAGUGGCCCUGUUUCAUAUUGGAGACCUGGACUCCGGGAACAACGGAAGGAUGACUUGCUCCAUCCCAGAUGAUCUCCCCUUCUUCCUGAAACCAACCGAAGAGAAUUUCUACACCCUAAUUACAAAUGGUGCUCUGGACAGAGAGACCAGAGCAGAGUAUAAUGUCACUAUUACAGUUAUGGACAUGGGGACGCCCAGACUGAAAACCCAGCACAACAUAACCGUGCUGGUCUCCGACGUCAACGACAACGCCCCCGCCUUCACCCAAACCUCCUACACCCUCUUCAUCCGCGAGAACAACAGCCCCGCCCUGCACAUGGGCAGCGUCAGCGCCACAGACACAGACGCGGGCGCCAACGCCCAGGUCACCUACUCGCUGCUGCAGCCCCAGGACCCCAGCCUGCCCCUCCACUCGCUGGUGUCCAUCAACGCCGACAACGGCCACCUGUUCGCCCUGAGGGCGCUGGACUUCGAGGCCCUGCAGGCGUUCGAGUUCCUGGUGGGCGCCACAGACCGCGGGGCCCCGGCGCUGAGCAGCCAGGCGCUGGUGCGCGUGCAGGUGCUGGACGCCAACGACAACGCGCCCUUCGUGCUCUACCCGCUGCAGAACGGCUCUGCGCCCUGCACCGAGCUGGUGCCCAGGGCGGCCGAGCCCGGCUACCUGGUGAGCAAGGUGGUGGCGGUGGACGGCGACUCGGGCCAGAACGCCUGGCUGUCCUACCAGCUGCUCAAGGCCACGGAGCCCGGGCUGUUCGGCGUGUGGGCGCACAACGGCGAGGUGCGCACGGCGCGGCUGCUGAGCGAGCGCGACGCGGCCAAGCACAGGCUGCUGCUGCUGGUGAAGGACAACGGCGAGCCGCCGCUGUCGGCCAGCGUCACGCUGCACGUGCUGCUGGUGGACGGCUUCUCGCAGGCCUACCUGCCGCUGCCCGAAGCGGCGGCGGGCGCCGCGGCCCAGAGCGACCCGCUCACGGUCUACCUGGUCAUCGCGCUGGCGUCGGUGUCGUCGCUCUUCCUGUUCUCGGUGCUGGCGUUCAUCGCGGUGCGGCUGUGCAGGAGGGGCAGGGCGGGCUUGGUGGGCGGCUGCUCGGUGCCCGAGGGCCACUUUCCGGGCCACCUGGUGGACGUCAGCGGUACAGGGACCCUGUCCCAGAGCUACCAGUACGAGGUGUGUCUGAAGGGAGGCUCUGGGAGUAAUGAGUUCAAAUUCUUAAAGCCUAUCUUCCCCAAUCUUCUAGGCCAGGACAUUGAGAGGAAGUCGGAGGGAAAUCCAACAUUCCAUAAUAGUUUAGGAAUCUGAGAUUUCCCCACUUGCGGCAUUAGUGUUGUCUCCUUUUCCUUUUCUUUAAAAUUCAUUAGUAGCCUUUAAUUUUACUUGUUUUUCCUUUUCUCUAUUAAUUUCCUUAAUAAAGUUGUUCUUUGUUUUAUUGUGUUAUAAUUAUUUUCCAGUUAUUGUAUUAUUAGUAAAAAAUUUUUAAAUGUCAUAUUUCGGACUAAAUUUUUUUGCAGUAAAGGUUAAUAUGAAAGUUAACCUUUCAAAAAAACAUAAUUCUAAUUUUAAAAUUACUCACCUAGUACUAUAGGACACUACAUAUAAAUAUCUGAUUCCCUUCUAUCAUACUUCAUUUUUAAAUUAUCAGAGUUUUUUUUAGUUUUUAUUAUUUAUAUCGCUAUAAUUUGUUUUACAACCUAUUUUCUGUUCUGGACAGAAUCAAUUUGCAUUCACCCAUGUCCAGUUUCUUUCGAGCUCUGUUUGCAUUUUUGUUUUACCAAUAGGCAGUCAUAUUAUAAUUUUAUGCUGUGUAUAUAAAAAUCACACUUGUAAUUAUUAGAGUUUCACUCUAAAAUACAUACCAUCUCAUGAAAAUAUAUCUUUGUUAUCUAUUUUAUUUCAUCGAGUUUAUUGGGAUGACAAUGGUUAAUAAAAUUAUGUAGGUAUCAGGUAUACAGUUCUACAAUACAACAUCUGUAUAUUAUAUUGUGUGUUUACCACCUCAAGUCAAGGCUCCUUCCUUUGUUUUCUAAUGUUGAAAAACUCCUGAAUUCUUCCUCAUGUUUAACUGAAGCUAUAAUCCUGAUAAGAGUUCUAUGAAGUUUAUUGGUACCCAGAUUGACUGUGUUUAAAGGUCAACAGACUCUAGGACCAGGUAAUGAAUUGCUUGAAAUUGUCUCUUGCUAUUGCAGAGAAAUUCUCAUAUGAGCUCCAAAUUCUGGGCCUAGAGAAACUUUGGAUGGUACGGCAGGCCAGUAUCUAACUACUUGUCCUGGACCAUGAUAUUGUUCUGGUUGAUAUGGAAUCUGAAAAAAUACAUUAAGGAAUUAAUAUUAAUUAAAGAAAAUGUAUUAAUGAUAUGUUAAUGGGAGUGAUGAAUGAUCUGAAGAAAUAAUCAGCUCUAUUGUCAGGACUCCUCAAUCUCCAGGACCCUCUUAACUUCACAGAUACUGUAUAGAAUGGUGUGGUGGGCAGAAUAAUGGCCCCCUUAAGACCGUCACAUCCUAUUCCCUGGAACCUGUGAAUAUUUUAUGUGUUAUUGCAAAAGGGGUGUCAGGUUCAGAUGGAAUUAAGGUUGCUAAUCACCUAACCUUAAAAUAGGGAAAACAUCCUAAAUGAUCUGGGUGGGCCCGACUCAGUCAGUUGAAAGGGUUUAAAAGCAUAGCUGAGUCUUCCCUUAGAUUAAAAAGAAGAAAGGAGAAUUAUUACCAUGGACAGCAGCUUCAGCGUGUGCCCAGAGUUGCAGGCUGGCCUUUUUAAUUGCCUUCUUUUUCGAUUUUGGACUUGCCUAGUCAGCUCUCACAAUUGAUUAAAUCACUUUUGUGCAAUAAGUCUCUUAAUAUAUAUCCCCUGCUGGUCUUGUUUCUCUGGUCGAACCCUGACUGAUAUGGAGUUGGUACCUGGACAUGGAAUGCUGCUGUAACGCAUAACUGAAAAUGUAGAAGUUGCUUUGGAGUUGGGCAGUGAACAGAGGCUGGAAAAAUUUUAAAGAGCAUGGUAAAAAAAAGCUUGGAUUGUUUUGGACAGACUAUUGAAAUAUGGAUGUUAACAACUCUGAUAGCAAAGAUUCUGAAGAAAGUAAGGAGUAUGGUGGAGAAAACUUAUAUUGCUUUACAGAAAUGAGGAAAAUGAUAUUGGAAACCAAAGGAAAGGAAAUUCUUGUUAUGUAGUGGCAGAAAACUUACAAAUUGUGUCCUUCAGUGAAAAUGUGCAAAGAAGGACUUGUAAACAAUGAACUUGGAUAUUUAAAGAGAAGGUUUCCAGGUGAGGGUUGAAGUUGCAGCCUGAUUUCUUCUUGCUGCUUUUAGUAAAAAGUGAGAGGAAUGAGGCAGUUUGAGGGAAGGAUUGGUAAGCAAAAAAGAACCAGAAUUUAGUGAUUUGGGGAAUUCACAGCCUAUUCAAAUUGUGAAAGAUGCUAAAAUGAGGAGAUUCAUUAUCAGGAAAGCAUGUUCUGGUGCAAAAACCAGGGGUGUUAUGUGGUAAAGGGAAAUUAAGGUUGAUAUCAGCUGGCCUUUAAGGAAGGAGAUUGCUCUAGGUUACCCAGGCGGUUCCUGCAUAAUCACAAGAGCCCUUAAGAAUAAGUGGAAGUAGGAAGCAGAAGAGUUGGUAUCAGAGUGAAAUUAUGUGAAAAGGACUGAACCAGCCACUACUGACUUUGAAGAUGGAAGGGAGUCACAAGUGAAGGAAUUCAGGUAGCAUGUAGAAGCUAGCAAAGGCAAGAAAAUUUAUUUUUACUUAGCGCCUCGAGAAAUGAAUGCAGCCUUACCUUAACUUUAGCACAGUUAAACUAUUAAUCUCAAGAACUGUAAGAUAAUAAAUAUAUGUUUUUAAGUCACUAAGUUCAUGGUAAUUUAUUAUAGCUGCAAUAGGAGAUGAAUGCAUGUGUUUACUAAAAAAUCAAUUUCCAACCUCAUUUUUCUUUUCCUAGGCUAAAAUAUUCAUGUUACCAUCACUUCCUGCAGGGUGGUACAUCAUUUAAUUCCAUAUUGCUAACAAUUUAAAAAUAUCAUUGAAGAAUUGGGCUUAAGGGAAAUAUUUUUGAAAGGGCUAAUCUGGGGUGGUAUGUGCCUUAGGUCUUUUCCCAUUUUCUUUUUUCUUAACUGGUAUGGGUAUUGAGGAGGAAGCCUUGAGCUGAAGUAGUCAACUUGCAGCCAUAAGAUGAGCACUAUAAAACAAAGGUCUAUAUGCUAAGUAUGAUCAGAUGGAAAGCCAGUUUGUUUCUUACAGCGUUGUUAAGAUACUGCAACAAUUCCAAACUACUUUCUCCCAGACUGCAUAACAUAAAUAAACGCCUAUGUGACUAAUGACUGUAACUGGGGUUUCUGAUGAUCGCAGACAAGUGCAUUCCAAACUGACACAUCUCCCUUCCCCAUGAGUAAGCUUCACUUACACAGUUGUCUCACUAGGUCUCAGGUUGUCUGUUGAAGAUGUUUGAGAUGCUUGUCAGAAGAGUAGUUUUGCUUUCCUUUAGGUGCUAUCCAAGUGCAGUAUUCUGAGGUACUGUGGCUGAGUGUUUAUCUUCAUGCAAUUUGGCUAAUACAAACAUAUACAGGUAACUGAACUUUCAAAGAAAUAUUCCCAGAUGGUAGCAACCCAAAACAUUGAGUUUUUGAGAAUAGAACAAGGUGAGCUGAUAAGUGCCAAAUAUUUAGACCCAUGUUAGUGGCAUCCUGACAAGAUGACUAUGGUGUUUAUCCAGCAAUCAAGAACGUUGGUUUCCCUCUCAGGCAGGUAAAUAGCAGGGCCAAAAAUUUUACUUAGCGAGAUGAAUUGACUAAGUAUGAGUCCUGAAUAUCUUCAUAAGCAUAUCAGCAAUCUGCAUGCUUUGGUAGAAGCUGCCUGGUGGAAGGAGCAGAAAUUCCCAACAACCUUUUCAGUAUAAGUACGUACAUGUUCUGAAACAGGCCCAGCGACCACAAUGUGUCUGUCAAUAUCCACUACUCCUUUUGCAUCUCACUUUAAAAAUAUUCUACUGAGCCCUGGCUGGUGUAGCUCAGUGGAUUGAGCCCAGGACUGUAAACCAAACGGUCACCAGUUCAAGUGCCAGUCAGAGCACAUACCUGGGUUGAAGACUGGGUCCCCAGUGGGGAGUGUGAGGGAGGCAACCUUACACUGAUGUUUCUCUCUCUCUCUUUAUCCUUCCCUUCCCCUCUCUCUAAAAAUAAAUAAAUAAAAUAUUUAAAAAUAAUAAAAUAAAAAUAUUUUAUUGGUAAAGUGUAGAAUUUAAAGGCAUCUCCAAAUGAUUAAUACUUAUGUCUUUCAUGGAUUGAUCUGGAAUACCUUGAAAAGAGCAUUACUUUCAGUUUAUCAGCUAAUCAUGAAAAAAUCAAUAGGAAUGUAUCACUGUUUAUGAAUGGUCAUGCCUCAAACAAUUUUUGAACUUCACAGCUACACCCAGUGUUUGUGUUUGUGUACACUUGUGCAUUUGAGCAUGUGUGUGUGUGCAUGUGUGUGUCAAGGGGAGUAGCUUUAGUAGAUGGUGGGGAUGCACUGCAUGCAUGGAUAUAUAUAUAUAUAUAUAUAUAUAUAUAUAUAUAUAUAUACCAGAGAAUCAUUAAUUUUCCAUAGCUUUUCCAUAAAAUUAAAGCUAUUUUCCUUUAAUGUAUGUAAUAAAAUUGGCGUUAGUCAACUUAUUCUACAAAGAGAUCAUAUUAGCAAACUAAGGGAAUUCUUAUAAGUGUAACAUUGCAGCAUUAUUUAAUCUAGAAGUUUAGUAGCCCUCUUGACCUUGAAGGAGCAGCCUAGGAGAGAGAAAGGUGUUACGUAGAUAUGGUUUCUUAUCCCCCAAUGAGAUUAGAAAGCAAUAAAUUUGACAUCAGGAUGUGGCAAGGUUGGGAUUAGGGUGAGGCCAAGUUGUGUAAGUGUAGGGCUGAAUCCUGUCUUUAAACAGGAUUUAAACACUGAAAUUUUGUUCAUCAGGAGUUUUUCAUUAAGUUUGAUUUUUUUGAAUAUUGCAUUAGAUAGUGACUGUCUUUACUACCAAGUUUUGGGGUGACUCAUUCAUUUUGCUUCUGAGACAUUUGCCUUGCCCUAGUCCUGGUCCUGUUCGUUGUUUCCAACUUUUUGAACAAUGAUUAAAAAAAAAAAGAAUGAACUCCAACUUCCAAAUUCAACUGAGC